CAGAGGCGGUCAAUCACACUUUCAUCAUCUCACCUAUAAAACCCAAAGCUUGGACACACACAACACAUGACCUAGCUAGCUUGAUACAAGAAUUAUAGUAGUAAUUAAGUAGCUAGCUGGCUGGCUAAACCAUCUUAAUUCUCAUAGAAUGAAGGAAGGAGCUAUGGAGAAAGCCGUCCCCAAAAGAAUGAAGGGUGGAAUGAUCACCAUGCCAUUCAUAUUUGCCAAUGAGGUGUGUGAGAAGUUGGCCGUGGUGGGAUUUGCAGCUAACAUGAUUAUCUACUUGACCACUCAGUUGCAUCUUCCGUUGACUAAAGCGGCGAAUACUCUCACCAACUUCGGCGGAACCGCCAGCCUGACCCCCUUGCUCGGAGCUUUUGUCGCCGACACCUUCGCCGGAAGGUUUUGGACCAUAACUAUUGCUUCCAUCAUCUAUCAAAUUGGCAUGACUCUCUUAACAAUAUCGGCAAUACUACCACAAUUAAGGCCACCACCGUGCAAACCAGACCAUAGUUGCCAGGAAGCGAACUCGGGACAAAUUGCGGUCCUUUACGUCUCCCUACUCCUAACCGCUUUCGGGUCGGGCGGGAUCAGGCCGUGUGUGGUGGCAUUUGGGGCUGAUCAGUUUGACGAGGCCGACUCGCAACAAAAGACACAAACAUGGAGAUUCUUCAAUUGGUACUACUUCUGUAUGGGAGGAUCCAUGCUCGUGGCGGUGACCGUGGUGGUUUAUAUACAAGAUAACAUUGGCUGGGGGUGGGGAUUCGGCGUCCCCACCAUAGCCAUGGCAAUCUCGAUUGUCACGUUUGUUUUCGGGUACCCUUUGUAUCGGAACUUGGCUCCCGCGGGCAGCCCUUUCACGCGGCUCGUGCAGGUGUGUGUGGCCGCAUACAAGAAGAGGAAGGUGCCCAUGGUCUCCGAUCCGGCAAUGCUUUAUCAAAAUGAGGAGCUUGAUUGUGCUAUUUCUCUCGCAGGGAAGCUUUGUCACACUAAACAUAUGGACAGUUGAAGGCUUAAGAAAGUCAAAUUCACGAACAAGUAACACACAUAAGACAUACGGAGUACUACUAGUAUCUACGGAGUAUAAGAAAUUGCUCAUAGCAUUGUAGGAACAAGACAUAUAUAGACCAUAUUGAUAGAUAUGCAUGAUGGAUAAAGUUUAUUUAGUACUAAUAAAAUGCAUCAUCAAAGUGUUUUAGUGAGUGUUUUACAAACUAAAUGAGACAUUCUAUAAAAAAUAUAAUGCUAAUUUUAUUAAAGCUAAGGACUACUCGUCUACUCCGUAUUAUAUAUGGAGUAUUUUAAAGUAUCGUGUCAGGAUAACUAUAAAGAUGCACUGCAACGGAAGAGUUGAACACAUGUGUUCGUAUGUACCUUUUGCCAACAAUUAAGACUGUCUUCUUAACCGUACCCUGAAUAAUAUAUUCAGAAAAUAUGAGGAUAUGGAUCAUAAAUAAUAAGUAUAUACUCCGUAUAUAAUAUAUUAUUGUGAUAAUGUUACAACCAUCUUAUAUUGGGGGAGCUACAAUUGGAUAAAUUUGUUAUGAACAUAACAUACGAGGAUUAUGAUCGAGAAUCGAGGUGUCUUUCAACUCAAAUCUACGCUAGGGGAAUUAAAGGACUUGCGAAAUCUUUAGAUUUACAAUGAUAAACAGAUUUAUAUUUUCUAGUUUGAUUUGAUAUAGGCCCUAUUUGUAUUUCAGCAUUUUGUUGGCAUAAACAUUGCAUUUCACAGCGUUUAUGUUGAAAAAUAGAGCGUUUUGAGGUAAAACGUCAUUACAUACACAAACACUCUCAUAAUUUUUUAAAGUUUGGUCUGAUCAAAUAAAUGUUUGUUUUAUUCUUAUUAUACUGUUGAAAUUAAUACAAUUAAAAUCAUCAUCCCAUUUCAUGCAAAAUUAUGUGACGAGUCUUAUGGUUUACCUAAUCUAUCCCAUACGGGAAAUCAGGAAUUUAAAUGAAAGGACAGAACACUCAAAUAGAAAAAGAUGAUCGGACAAACAAUUUGAGAGGUAGAACAAUUUUAACAUAUUACGUCUCUGAGGUCUAUCUUCGUCUAAAAUUACAUUUUUAUAUAUAUUCGGUUCAUGCUGUAUAUAUAAGUUAAAUCAUACGGAGUACUACGUAAGUUAUGUCAAGGGUCUACGGGCCAUACCAUAAAAGGAAAAAUGAAAACUAUAGAAAACUAAAGGUCUAAAAGUGUAUAGAAAAGAAAGUCAUUUAUAUAUUUGUGAUAAAUUACACUAAUUUAAAGAGGUCGUAUAUUGCUCAAAAAUGGGAAUGUGAUGUUAACAUACAGAGUCGUAAAUUGGUAAUCACGUUUUUGUGGUCCUUACUUUUAAGCUAUUGUCAUCUAAUUUUCUAUUUUAAGGCCCCCCUCGGCCCCUCUCAAUGACCACCAAUAUCAGGGAUACUCUUUUGAAUAAUAUGGAUGAAAGUGUCUAGUGUAAACACGAUUGAAUAAUGACAUACGUAGUAUAUCAAUACACUACCAUAUAAUAUUAUGGUCUGAUUUCUGUGCAAUUUAUAACUGUUGAAAUCUAGUUUAGUUUGAUCUGCUCUAUUCAAAUUUGAUCCGUUUAACUCUGGCCUCUUUAGACCCGUAUGAUCUUGUAUGUUCAAGUGUAAUCUAAUCUAUAUAAUUAAUUAAUUAUGGUCUAAUCUGAUCUAAUGUGGUGUGAGACUAAAAUAAGUUCCAGUAAAAUAUAAAUGAAUAAAGUAAUACGGAGUAUAAAUACUCCAUACUACGUAAGAUCUUAAAAUAUCUACCCGAGUCUAUCAUGUAUUCAUGUACGUAGGAUAGGAAACAAAUAAAUGAGGAAAAUAUUAUAUUAUAUUUUUGUCUUUUAUUAUCGAAGUCAUAUCGUCUGGGUAUGGUCAAAAUUUAGUUUCGUGUUUUCGUGUGGGAGAUUGACAAACCAAACACGCAAAAUAAAGUGGUGCAGUGGCAUAAAAUACUACCUAAAUAAUUGUCACCGGGGUACGAGUCUAUCCUAAACCGUGUCCGCGUGUAUAAACUUAGAAAAUUGGUGUUUCUCGAACUAUUAACUCAUAAGUAUUUUAAAUAUUAAUCCCUAAUUAAAUAUAAUAUAAUCGUAGUAUGAAAGUUCCCAAUGAACGUAGCUACUAAUACCACAAAUUAAACUUUGUCAUCCUUCUGAACUGUAUAUUAAAUAUUUGACUUAUCAUGAUGGUCUCACAAUUGGACCAAACUUCAAUGGGUGCUUAUCAUGAGGUAUUUGCAAUUAUCAGAUCUCUGGAACGAAAGACUUGCUAAAUUUUCAACCAAUUGAAGGGUGUAUUUGUAAGUUUCCGGUUCAUGGGUCGGGUUGCAGAAUCACAAGUAGUUCGAUGACUUAUUUGUUCCUUUUCUCUUUAUUGAAUUAACCUUUAUUUCAGUUAGUUAGGAUAAAUUAUAAAAAUCACUUACGGUGAAUUACUAUAGAAAAGUUGGUAGUAGUAUAUCAUCACUCGUAUGUGUUUUCAUGAGUUAAUUUAAUUUGUUGCCUAGUGUUCGAUAUACUUUAUUAGUCUAAAAAAUAUUUCACCAAUUGAUUAAUUUUUUAUACUUUUAUUAAAUUAUUACCAUCAGUUGAUAUAAAGAGCCACAAAUUUAAAUUACAAACUACAUAAAAGUAAAGUUCAAAAGGAUUUGAAUUAACUUGGUUUUGGUUUGUGAAGAUUCCUUGACAAGGCAGCAAUUGUAAUGGACAUCGAGGACCCAAAAUGCCCCAACCUAUGGAGUCUAAACACAGUCCACCGGAUAGAAGAGCUCAAAUCCGUGAUCCGAAUGGGUCCAAUAUGGGCAUCCGGAAUCAUUCUCAUCACAGCAUACGCCCAACAAAACACAUUCUCAAUCCAACAAGCAAAAACCAUGGAUAGACACCUCACAAGCUCCUUCCAAAUCCCGGCCGCCUCCAUGUCCGUCUUCACCCUCUCGUCAAUGCUAUGCACCAUUGUCUUUUACGACCGCGUCUUCGUGCCCGUGGCCCGCAGGAUCACGGGCCUCCAACGCGGUGUCUCGUUCCUGACCCGCAUGGGGAUCGGGUUUGCCAUCUCCAUCUUUGCCACCCUCGUGGCAGGGUUCGUGGAGACGAAGCGCAAGCACGUCGCCUCUGCCCAUGGAUUAACCGACGCGACGGAUGUGACGAUACCGAUCCCGGUUUUCUGGCUGGUCCCGCAGUAUUGCCUGCAUGGAAUUGCCGAGGCCUUCAUGUCGAUCGGGCACCUCGAGUUUUUCUAUGAUCAAUCUCCCGAAAGCAUGAGGAGCACUGCCUCUGCAUUGUUCUGGACCGCCAUUGCGGCUGGGAACUAUGCAAGCUCAUUUUUGGUCUCUUUGGUGCACAAGUACAGCUCAGGCCCGGAUGGAUCAAAUUGGCUUCCGGACAACAAUUUGAACAAGGGGAAAUUGGAGUACUUUUAUUGGUUGGUCACACUUUUACAAGUGUUCAACUUUGUUUACUACCUUUUUUGCGCCAAGUUCUAUACUUUCAAACCAAUUGAGAUCCAAAAGAGUGAAAAGGAUGAGUCUAAAGAGAAGGGAAUUGAGCUUCCCAACAGUGUUUAGUUUAAUUAAUUGCCUGUAAUUAGUAUAGUUAAUCUAAGAAUAUGUGUCUUGCUAAAAAGUAUCCUUAUAUACUACGAUAUGGUCUUGGGUGUUGUUGAGAGAUUCAAGAGUAUAUACUCGUAUAUCCUAUUGUGUAUUGUUGCAAGAGGAAACAUCAUCACACAAGAAAAUAAUCAAUGGAUGCGUGGGUCCAAAAAAUUUAGAAAAAAUGAUUCUAAGUAAUGAGACUUAUGAGAGGAUUAGAAAAUAGUACUCUGUAUAACAAAUUGUAGAUUUGUCUUAACCCUAUCCAACACCAUGACACAUUUAGUUUUUCAUUGGACUAAAUUUAAGAAAAAUUACCAUUGUUUGAAUCAUUUCUCGUAAAGCUCUCUCUAUAUACUAUACGCGAGGCACAUAGGUGGCUAAAUAUUAAUUAAUAGAAAUUUGAAUACAUGCAACAUACAAUAUAUUCAACUCAGGUAACCAAAUUUGAAGUGACUAGAUUUAAUUUAAAAUCUAGAUGUAUUGAUCAAUCACAUUAUCUUUGUUUCAUCAAGUAAUACAAUCGUCUUAUGGAGUUUAGAAAUUGCCUCAUAUAUACUCCUUCCGUCCCUAAUAACUUUGUCAAGUUUGACCGGAACGAGAAAUAAUAUAGUAAAAACUAUGUGGUUGAGGUUUGUGCAGAGGAGAGAGAAUGAACUAGAAUCACAAAUUCUUUACUUAAAAAGGAAAGUGGCAAAGUUAGUAAAAGGAAAGUUGACAAAGUUAUAAGGGACGGGGGAGUACGACUAAAAUAAUAAAAAGUGCACUAAUACGUGUACAUACAUGUUUUUUUAUAGGACUUUGUUACUCCUACUAAGAAACAUAUGAAAAGUCGUGUUUAGUCCACACACUAGUAGAAAAAGGGCUUAUAGUGACACUAAUUUAGUGUCACUGAAAGUUUCUGCGACACUAAAAAAGCGUCAGGAAAAGUGUCG